AUGUUUGUCCAGCUCCGAGACGUCGAUGCCGAACUUGAGUCAUUAUACUAUGUAGAUGAAGGGUCGCGAUCACGGCAUAAGCUAAUAUUCACGGGAAAGAAAAAGUUCAAUCAAGAUCCGGUGCGGGGUAUUGAAUAUCUCACUGACCGUGGCUUAUUAAGUCGUCAACCGAGUGCUAUAGCUCAGUGGUUGUUCAAGGGUGAAGGGCUCUCAAAAACGGCCAUCGGUGAACUGCUCGGACUGCACGAGCCGUUCUACCUUGAAGUACUUGAUCAAUUUGUACUGUGUCAUACCUUUCAGAAUAUGUUCAUAGUUGAUGCUCUCAGAGCAUUCCUGUGGUCUUUUCGUCUACCUGGCGAAUCGCAGAAGAUUGAUCGGAUUAUGGAAAAAUUUGCUCAACAGUACGUUGCUACUAAUGAAGGUCGUGAACAUGGAGCUUGCUGA